CGACCUCCAAGCACCUGCUACGCCCCACAAGCUAUUUAUUAAUCCUACAUGCAUGGCAGAUCCCGCAUUUCCCCUCACGAUCGACGACACCUCGCCGCUCGUCCUCUACACCCCCUUCGCGGACACCUUCGGCCCGGAACAGACCGCGCAAGGCUGGAACCCGUACUACACGGGAAGCGGUUUCGCCACGGUCGACUCAGGAGCCGGGUCUCCCGUGGAUUCCGCUAUCGGCAAUGGGACGAGUCUGCACAUUACCGCAGCGGACGAGGCGGCACUACAGAUCACAUGGAACGGCACAAACAUCACGCUCUACGGAACACUGGUACCAGCAUCAUCGGACGACCUACCAGAAGCCACGUAUACCGUCAAUCUAGAUGGCAUUACUACGACCAACUUUCUCUCCUCAUUGCCCAAGCCUGCGACAGUCCUCGACGCAGACACCGAUGUCCUCGUGCAAUUCAACAGUCUCCAGGACGGCCCGCAUACCCUCCAGUUGACGUUUCACAAUCCCGAUGGGACUGCAAGCGGCGGAAAUGCCACGAGUGGGCCCUUUAUUGCCUUCGACCGCGCUGUCGUAGAAGUAGGUGCCGGCAUGCCAAACCCGACACAGAGCUCUUCCCUGUCGAGUACGGCCGCCCCGUCGCCGACGGCUUCUGCAUCAGCCGUCACCGCCCCCCUUCCGGACAGCGCGACUGCGUAUCGCGGCCAGUGGGACUUCGACACGAACAUGCUUCCCGGAUCGAGUGCGUCAUUCCAUACCAGCACGAACAUCGGGGAUAAGGCGACGUUGAUGUUCAACGGCUCCGCCGUUGGGCUUACGGGCCUCACCACCCCCGACUCUGGGGCGUACAACGUCUCGCUUGAUAGCGCAGAGCCCGUAACAUUGUCUGGGCGCGCGUCAUUCACGUCCUCGGAGCCCACGCUUUUGUUCUUUCGCACAGGCCUCGAUCCAUCUGUCAUGCACUCCAUCGAGGUUGUCAACGCAGGUCCCUCGGGUGCGGGGCAGGGCGCGGGCUCGCGCCUCGUCCUCGGCGCGGUCAAUGUCACGACGAUCCAGCCACCUGCGACGUCUGUCGGGACGGCCAAAGGGUCAGGCUUGCCUCGAGGGGACGUCGCUGCUAUAGCCAUCGGGGUGACGCUCGCGGUCGCCGCGCUAGCCGUUGUCCUGUUCUUUUUCAUCCGGCGGCGGCGGCGUCUGAGUCGCCGCAAGCGGCAGAUGCUCGUCAACCCCGAGAUCAGCCGCGCUCACAACCUGGCGUUCCUAUUUUCGCACAGACGACAUAGCAAGCGCGGCGAGCGCGACCCGCAGAGGGCGCUCGGAGGCAGCUACGAGGGUGGGGUGUUGGACAUCCGCAGCCCGAUCCCCGAGGAGAAGGCGGACGAGUCGGACGACUCCGAGGAUGGGCAUGGCGAGGUCGACGGGCAGCGGCUCUCUGCGGCCGAGAAGGGGAAGCAGCGCGCGACGCGGCAGAGCAACGCGUCGAAGAACUCGGAUGGGAGCUACUCCAUCGAGCUUCCUGAUCUGACGAUCGCCCAGGUGCCGCGGGGAUACCUUCCUACCUCUGUGGUGCCCUCGACGCCUUCUCCGCCCAGGACGGUGUCGUCGCCGACUUCGCCGCGCAGUCCUACCCGCCCGAGAGGGCCGCGUGAGCUCCCGGGGCGCGAGUCUACAACGCGGGGUAUCCUCCUGAGUAGCAUGCCUCCUCUCCCGCGAGUAGAGGUCACCGACGAGGGUCAGCUGGUAUCACCCGUCCCGUCGUAUCUCCCGGAGGCGCACAUCUCUCCGCUGCGGGUCGAGUUCGCGAGCAACGUGCAGGCGCGACCGGAAGGUCGAACAGAACGCACUAUCAGCACCGGCGCAAUCUCCCUGCCACAGUCGCUCAAACAGGCGUUGGCUCAGCAACAGCAACAGCAACAGCAACAGCAACAGCAGCAACAGGCGACGGUCAGUCAAACGUCGGAGCCCCCGUCUCCUGCACGUUCGAAUCUGGUGUACUCCUUCCUGGAUUUCGCCUCAACGGCGAGUUCGCUGUCACGCUCUCAAAGCAAGUCUACGUCCAACUCGACAGGGAAGUCUCGAAGCUCUUCGCAGUCGAAGAGGAAGUCGGACAGCGAGCAUUCCAAGGGGAACACUGCCAGCGAGCAUUCGCAAGUCGUGAACUGGGCCACACUCCCUCCCAACCGCCGCAUAUCCCUUGGGCUAUCCAUGACAGUCGGUGGUGCGACAGCGUCACGACCAUCCUUGAUGACGAAUGUGUCGCUGCACCCCGUGCCGUUGUCCCAAUCCGCACCGGCACUCUCCGUGUCUACCGAACACGCGCCCCCGUCCCCUAACACCCCGCAGAUCGAAGGCCCAGACCAGGACUUCCCCUACGACGCGAACCAGCUUCCUUCCCCAACCGACUCCGUACCUUACACCGUUUCGGACAUCCACUUCCGCCACUCGACGCAUUCGUCAAUCUCCAUGCCCGCGGAGUCUCGCCGUCAGUCUGGCUACCGCUUGAGCGGUUCUCACCGACCGCCACAUCCCCCACUACCCAGCGCUGGGCCUGCAUCACCCACCCGCCCCACCCACCAGCGAGGAGGAUCCCCCUCGGGUUCGCAGAGCGUGCCGCCGCUCAUCGUGCAGCGGAUCCUCGGACGGACUCCGAGCUCGAAUCCCGCGUCACCACCAUUCACUAGCCCGACAACGCCGCAAUUUGCGAGCGUCGCGGGUACGACUGCGGCCACGCGUGCGACUGGCAGCUCUAGCCCCACGCAACUCCGCGGGUCGGGCUCGGGGACAGGACCGUCUUCGUCCACCACCAAUGUGCAGAGUUCGCCUGCGCCCGCCCCGACACCCGGAUCUGCGACAACUGUGUUUGGGUUCCAGUUGGGCCGCCGUAGCGAGCGGUCAUAGCGCUGUCCUCUCCGUCCCUCUCCUCACUCUUCAACCACCUCUGCGCGCUUGCGCAUCGUGUACAUACCCAUCCACUCUCGUUACGACCUUGACACCUCGCCCUGCACAGCCUGGCGUGGAUGUCACCCUGCUUGCUUCGAGUCCAGUGCACAAUGGAGUUGUUUACUGCGCCAUUAACUUAUCGUGACGUCCCUAAUCGGCUCGCGUUCCUCCUUCCCCCGUACAUGGUUUGUUUUGCAGGCGGUGUCGGGCGGUGAUGGUUGGUUUGCUUGCUCGGCGCCGACUACCUGUGUGCGUAUCCCCCUCUGCAUGUCUUCUACUGUUGCAUCACCGUCACAUGGACUUGUAGAGUGCUCUUAUAUACCACCUCCACCUCGCCCCCAUCCAGCUGCGUGUUUACUCACAUCCUCUCUCAGACACGCCUCGCUUGUAUCCGCUGCCCGCACACGUACCUCUCGCAAAUAUCUAUAGUACCCUCCGUUUACCUCCCUGGUAUUGGUCAGGAUCUUCCCAUCCGUCUCUAUCUUCUGUCAACAUUUCGUUUUAUCUUCAACUUCAAUGUACAUGUAGCAACCCUUCAUCACCAGCAGGCUCCUCUUCCACUUCACUUCGUCAUAUUCUUCAUUGCAAUUUACAUUCUGCUCACCAAUGGCAUUGCAUGUCUUGCGUAUCUCGCAUCUGUACAUGUACAUCCAAGGCACGCUCAUUUGCGCCUGUUCCACCAUCCUGUC